CAUGUACCGGCCCAACAGAAACUGCCUUCCCAGGAUCAUGGGAAGAAAACAUCUACGCCCCACCAUCCCGAACCAUCUCUCCCAAAUCCAUAUUAUCCCGUCAAAUAGGAGACAUCAUUUCCUCUUACCCAGGCGCAGCCAAACUACAAUGAAACGGCUCACAACUAGUCUUCGACUUCGGCAUCGAAGUAGGCGGACUCAUCACGUUAAAUUAUACCUCUGAUGGCGUCGGAUCCCUAGGAUUAGCAUUCACAGAAGCGAAAAAUUGGAUCGGGGAAUUCUCAGAUGCUUCGAAUGGUCUCCAUCAAGGUCCCGAUGGGGCAUUGUACGCUGAGUUUUCCAGCGCGGGGACGGGGUCGUAUAUCAUGCCCGACGUCUCACUUCGAGGUGGUUUUCGAUACUUGACUAUCUUCUUACUCACGGGUGGAAAUACGAGUGUGGACAUCACGGAUAUCAAGCUGGAGAUUGGGUUCCAACCUACGUGGUCGAAUUUACGCGCUUACCAAGGAUAUUUCCACAGUAAUGAUGAGAUGUUGAAUAGGAUUUGGUAUAGUGGUGCGUAUACGUUGCAAACGAAUGCUGCGCCUGUGAAUACCGGGAGGUGGGUGCCGAUGUUGAAAACUGGUUGGGUUAAUAAUGGGACUCUUGGGCCGGGGGAUACUAUUAUUAUGGAUGGUGCGAAGAGAGAUCGAGCGGUUUGGCCGGGUGAUAUGGGGAUUGCGGUGCCUUCUGUUCAUGUGAGUACUGGGGAGCUGGACUCUAUUAGGAAUGCAUUGCAAGUUAUGUAUGAUUAUCAGGUUUGUCUCGGUUUCUCUGGAAAAGAUGAGUUCUUACGAAGUCGUAGAAUCCCACGACUGGGGCUUUUCCUGAAGCAGGUCCACCGCUACUUCAGCUGGGAAGUGAUACUUAUCAUAGUAUAUUACCAACUCACAAGACACUUUUUGCUCGCUAAUGAGACUCAGUGUGGACGAUGAUCGGUUCUUAUAACUACGUCUUGUAUACCAACGAUACGGCGUGGAUGCAGCAAAAUUGGGCCAAGUAUCUCAAAGCAAUGGAUUUCAUCUAUGCAAAAGUCGAUUCAGUAGGCCUCUUAAACGUCACUGGCCUCCGAGACUGGGCAAGAUGGCAAACUGGAUAUAACAAUACUCAAGCGAACAUGAUGUAAGAAACCAGGGCCCUCAUUUCACCUGCAAACUCCCCAAUACUUAAUAGUCUAUACCGAGCACUCCUCACAGGAGCCUCCCUCUCAACCUGGAUGGACGACACCACAAACCUCACCUCAACCUGGAAAAACCAAGCCGCAACCCUCAAAAUCGCCAUAAACAAAUACUGCUUCGACACCCCCUACGGCUCCUUCAAAGACAACGCCACAUCCACAACCCUCUGCCCCCAAGACGCGAACAGCCUAGCCCUCCUCUUCUCCCUCGUCGACUCCCCCCAAGUAGCAGAAUCCAUCUCCACGAACCUCUUAAAAAAUUGGACACCCAUCGGCGCCGAAACCCCCGAACUCCCCCGGAACAUCUCCCCCUUCAUCUCAAGCUUCGAAAUCCAAGGACACUNCUUAAAAAAUUGGACACCCAUCGGCGCCGAAACCCCCGAACUCCCCCGGAACAUCUCCCCCUUCAUCUCAAGCUUCGAAAUCCAAGGACACUUCACAAUCCGACAGACACAGCGGGCGCUCGACCUCAUACGACGGGGUUGGGGUUGGUAUCUCAACCACCCAAAUGGCACAGGAAGCACAGUAAUAGAAGGAUACCUCACCGAUGGCUCGUUCGGGUACCGUGACACGCGCGGGUAUGCGAAUGAUGCGAGUUACAUCUCGCAUGCCCACGGAUGGAGCUCGGGUCCCACCAGCGCCUUGACAGAGUUUGUUCUAGGACUAAGUGUUACGAGCCCCGUGGGAAGAACUUGGAGACUUGUGCCGCAGUUUGGGGAUUUGAAGACGGUGGAGGGGGGAUUCGUGACGAGUUUGGGGAAGUUUAGAGCGCGCUGGGUGGUUGAGGGAGGGGGGUAUACGGCAGAGUUUAGUGUUCCGGAUGGAACUACCGGGGAGGUUAUACUGCCUUGCUUGAUUGAGGGAGAGAUAUCAAGCAUUGAGGUUGAUGGAGUGGGUGUGGAGGACUUGGGGACUAGACUUGUGGGAGAUAGUGUGGUUUUGAUGAUGGGAGGAGGUUCUCAUAGUAUUGCUGUGAGCUAA